GAAAUUUCACAUUAAUGCUCUUCAUAUCACAUAUAUACAACAAACUCAUAUAUAUAAACUUUGACCUUCGUAUAGCAACGAUCUAGUAGAAAGCAUAUACUAAAACUUUCUGAUUCUCUCUAUAUGGCGGAUGAGUUUCGAGCGACGGCUGCGAUUUGUGGUGGCGGAGGUGGCGCGUGGUGGAACUCACCAAGGAGCGUUAUGUCUCCUUCGGAUCAUUUCUUGUCACCUUGUUUCGGAGCUUCUAUUACUUCCGAUGAUUUUACCUCGCAAGAGAAUAAUCUCAAAGCUAGGAUGACUUGUACGGACAACAACAACAACAACAUCAUUUUCGGGCAGCGAGAGGCGGAUUCUGACAGUGGAGGAAGUACCGUGACGAUGGACUCGACGUUGCAGAUGAUGGGUCUAGGGUUUUCUUCAAAUUCUUCUUCAGAUUGGAGCCAAACCAUUUUACAAGAAGACUUGAACUCAAGCUUCAUAAGGAGCUCACAAGAUCAAGAUCAUGGCCAAGGAUUCUUAUCCACAACUACUUCACCUUAUAUACUUAAUCCAGCUUGUUCUUCAUCUCCAUCAACUUCUUCUUCCUCGAGUUUGUUACGAACCUUUUACGAACCCGAACCAAGUCCAUACAACUUUGUCUCUACCACAAGUGGUUUAAUCAACGAUCAUCAACUUUCUUGGGCUAAUAAGACAAAUCCUCAUCAUCAAGCUUCUUAUGGAUUAAUUAACAACUUCUCUAACAACGCAAACUCUCGACCCUUUUGGAGUUCAUCAUCAACCACUAACUUAAACAACACGACGCCAAGCAAUUUUGUAACCACUCCGCAGAUAAUAUCUACUCGUUUGGAGGACAAAACCAAGAAUCUGAAGACAAGAGCUCAGAGUGAGUCUUUGAAGAGGACAAAGGAUAAUGAAUCUGCGGCGAAGAAACCGAGAGUCACCACGCCUUCACCGUUGCCAACUUUCAAGGUGAGAAAAGAGAAUCUAAGGGACCAGAUUACUUCAUUACAACAACUAGUUUCACCUUUCGGAAAGACAGAUACUGCAUCUGUUCUCCAAGAAGCUAUAGAGUACAUCAAGUUCCUUCAUGACCAAGUCACUGUUCUAAGCACUCCAUACAUGAAACAAGGUGCCUCGAGCCAACAACAACAACAACAACAGAUAUCUGGUAAGUCGAAGAAUCAAGAUGGAAAUGAGAAUCACGAACUAAGAGGACAUGGUCUAUGUCUCGUCCCAAUAUCAAGCACGUUUCCGGUGGCUAACGAAACAACAGCCGAUUUUUGGACACCAACGUUUGGGGGCAACAAUUUCAGGGGAUCUAAAAAGAAGAAAGGCAAUCUGGAGGCAAUAUCGCACUACGAUAAAGCUCUUGUUAAUGGAGUUGUAUACAGUCUAAAUGAUGAUAUUUAUGUUCAAGCUAAGGGAGAACCAAAUCGUAUAGCUAAGAUCAUUGAGCUAUUUGAAGGAGUAGAUGGUGAAGGAUGCGGAGCCAUGUCAACAGGGUUGUGCAUGGGUGCUUCACUCUCGGGUGUAAAUUUGAUCACUAAAUGGGCAGUGGACAACAAUAGUUUUGCUUGUGAGAGUUUGAAACUCAAUCACCCUGAAACCGAGGUGAUAAAUGAAAGUGCAGAAGAUUUUUUGAGAUUGCUGAAGGAAUGGAGAAGGCUAUGCCAAAAGUUUUCACUUAUCCCAAAAACUGAGCCACUAGAACUAGAUAGUGAUUCAGAAGAUGACAAUGGAAGUGAAAAUAAUGUAGAAGGAGAGAGUGAUGGAUAUGAAAUGUCAUCAGACGAGUUUGAGGUUGAUGAGGUACUCUCCAUUUGUUAUGGGGAUCCAAAAAUGGCGAAGGCAUCGGCAAAAAAGGUUAAACCAUCAGCACUUUAUUUUAAGGUGCAUUGGAAGGGAUACGACAACGAAGAUGAACAUACUUGGGAGCCAUAUGGUGGAUUGGGAAAUUGUAAAGAAAAAGUAAAAGAGUUUGUGACGACGGGUUUCAAGUCAAAGUUAUUGCCACUUCCUGGAGAUGUGCAUAUUGUGUGUGGGGGUCCUCCAUGCCAGGGACUUAGCGGUUUUAACCGAUUUAGAAAUAAAGAUAAACCACUUCAAGAUGAAAAAAACAAUCAAGUGACUGUUUUCAUGGAUAUCAUAGACUACUUGAAGCCCAAAUACGUCUUGAUGGAGAACGUUGUAAGUCUUUUAGGUUUCGCGAAAGGCUUUGUUGGUCGUUAUGCCGUAUCUCGUCUUGUAAACAAGAAUUACCAAGCAAGAUUAGGCAUAAUGGCUGCUGGUGCAUACGGCGUUCCUCAGUGUAGGUACAGGGUUUUCUUAUGGGGUGCUCAACCUUCAGAGGAAUUAAAAGUCGGACAUAACCGAAGUGAUCUACAGUUGAAAACGGCUCUUACUCUUGGAGAUGCAAUAAAUGAUCUCCCAGAGGUGACUAAUUUUGAGGAAAGAGAAGCAAUAAACUAUGACAUAGAACCUGAGACAGAGUUUCAAAGAUUUAUAAGUCUUCCAAGAGUUGAUACAUUAAUCUCAAAUGGUGAAGAGGAAUCACAGUUACGUAUACUUUAUGACCAUCAACCUCUCCAAAUGAAUGAAGACGAUUAUCAGAGGGCUUGCAAUAUAAGAAAGAAGAAGGGCGCCUACUUCAUCGACUUGGGAGGUGUCGUAUUUGAGGAUAAAACAGUGCGAAUUGACCCUUCUGUUGAGAGAGUAAUACUGCCGUCUGGAAAGCCUAUGGUACCUAAUUAUGCAAUCACAUAUAGAGAUGGAAAAUCUAAAAAACCAUUUGGUCGUUUGUGGUACGAUGAGAUUAUUAACACGGUCGUGACAAGAGCUCAACCUCACAACCAGGUCUGGUCUUCUUCUAUAUGCACAUUUAAUCUAUAUUCUUGGUCUGUCCCUUGGUACAUCCAAGUUGGGAAUGCUGUUGCUGUUCCAGUCGGGGUUGCCUUAGGAUAUGCGUUUGGGAUGGCGAGUCAAAGGUUGUGUGAUGAUAAGCCUGUCAUAGACUACCCUUUCAUGUAUCCUGAAUGUCUCAAGAGAAAGGAAGAUUCUGAUAAAUUAAGAAUCCCAAUUCAAUUCAUGAAGAGGAAAUUGAGGACUAAGGGGAGAAAGGCUAGAGUCUGGGAGAAGAAGAAGACUGUAGGAAGUGGCUAAGUGUCGAGUAAAGGAGUAUUGAAGAAACCUCUUCCUGAGCCAGAGGGUUUUGUGAUAUCAAUAUAAGCUUAUGUCGUUU